AUGCAGAAAAACUUGCCACGCGUGUCGGGAUUCAAACUCGAAAGAGGCUUAACUAUCUAUCCUGAGGAGCAGCUGCUGUCAGGAACUAUCUAUCCUGAGGAGCAGCUGAAGUCAGGAACUAUCUAUCCUGAGGAGCAGCUGCUGUCAGGAACUAUCUAUCCUGAGGAGCAGCUGAAGUCAGGAACUAUCUAUCCUGAGGAGCAGCUGAAGUCAGGAACUAUCUAUCCUGAGGAGCAGCUGAAGUCAGGAACUAUCUAUCCUGAGGAGCAGCUGCUGUCAGGAACUAUCUAUCCUGAGGAGCAGCUGAAGUCAGGAACUAUCUAUCCUGAGGAGCAGCUGAAGUCAGGAACUAUCUAUCCUGAGGAGCAGCUGAAGUCAGGAACUAUCUAUCCUGAGGAGCAGCUGAAGUCAGGAACUAUCUAUCCUGAGGAGCAGCUGCUGUCAGGAACUAUCUAUCCUGAGGAGCAGCUGAAGUCAGGAACUAUCUAUCCUGAGGAGCAGCUGAAGUCAGGAACUAUCUAUCCUGAGGAGCAGCUGAAGUCAGGAACUAUCUAUCCUGAGGAGCAGCUGAAGUCAGGAACUAUCUAUCCUGAGGAGCAGCUGAAGUCAGGAACUAUCUAUCCUGAGGAGCAGCUGAAGUCAGGAACUAUCUAUCCUGAGGAGCAGCUGAAGUCAGGAACUAUCUAUCCUGAGGAGCAGCUGCUGUCAGGAACUAUCUAUCCUGAGGAGCAGCUGAAGUCAGGAACUAUCUAUCCUGAGGAGCAGCUGCUGUCAGGAACUAUCUAUCCUGAGGAGCAGCUGAAGUCAGGAACUAUCUAUCCUGAGGAGCAGCUGCUGUCAGGAACUAUCUAUCCUGAGGAGCAGCUGCUGUCAGGAACUAUCUAUCCUGAGGAGCAGCUGAAGUCAGGAACUAUCUAUCCUGAGGAGCAGCUGCUGUCAGGAACUAUCUAUCCUGAGGAGCAGCUGAAGUCAGGAACUAUCUAUCCUGAGGAGCAGCUGAAGUCAGGAACUAUCUAUCCUGAGGAGCAGCUGAAGUCAGGAACUAUCUAUCCUGAGGAGCAGCUGCUGUCAGGAACUAUCUAUCCUGAGGAGCAGCUGAAGUCAGGAACUAUCUAUCCUGAGGAGCAGCUGCUGUCAGGAACUAUCUAUCCUGAGGAGCAGCUGAAGUCAGGAACUAUCUAUCCUGAGGAGCAGCUGAAGUCAGGAACUAUCUAUCCUGAGGAGCAGCUGCUGUCAGGAACUAUCUAUCCUGAGGAGCAGCUGAAGUCAGGAACUAUCUAUCCUGAGGAGCAGCUGCUGUCAGGAACUAUCCUUGAGGAGCAGCUGCUGUUAGGAUGUCGCAGUGAUAGAAACAUUGAAUGCUAA